GACAGCAAAUUUUACAGUAGAUUUGUCUAUGCCACGAUGGCUUCGUCACCGAAAAGUAAACGUUUACCAAAAAGUGAAAAAUCUGUAGAUGUGGAUGUCAGGAAAACUAAUAUGACUUCCUCAACUACCAAAAAUUCUCAGUUGGGAGAAAUUGCAAUAGAGGCUUCAGAAAUAGUAAGCAGACUAGAACAAGUAGCUGAUGGAAUACCCAUUGCCGAUAAUGCAUAUAACCAGUCAACAGUUUUUUUGGGUUUGGAAAAAAAGCACACUGAUGAAAUAAUUCAAAUUAUACAGGGACUAAUAAGUACAGAUGAAGAUGGGGAGCCUCUUACUUUUCCAGCUUUGGACAGUGUUACUAAAUUAGUUAUGGUAUCUCAUAGCUUGGCUGCUUAUUGUGGUGGACUAGAGAGGCCCAUUUUACAGAAAUUAAGCACCAGGUUCACCACAGAUACCACUCGAUGGAUAAGCCAAUUAUUUGGAUUCUUAGAUUGCUCCGCUUUUUACCAUGAAGAUCACUUAGAGGGUUUGGUAAGAGUAACUAGGAUGAUGUUGCACUACAAAUACCCGCGUUAUUUAGAAGACGGAGCUUUGGCAUUCAAUUCCUCUCUGCCGACAAUAUACAGCAGCGUAGCUAGCCCCUUAGGCGUAGUGCAACACCUUUGCAGACAGUUGGGCUUACCACUCGCUUGCGUCAGGCCUGUACCAGUUAAUACGCAUUUUGGCUCUCAAUACACCAUGGAUCUGUCGGCAUUGCAAAAAAUGUUGGCUGAUGAUGUCGCCACUGGUCGCACCCCUUUAAUAAUAAUUGCAGAUGCCGGAACCCCCAUUACGGGCCAUGUGGAUAACAUUUCGAGAAUAAAAGAACUUUGUAAAGUGCACGAUGCCUGGUUGCACCUCAGGGGGCACAGCUUGGCUGCCUUAGUGCUGCCCAGCCAUCAGCGAAACGGACAUAUUCCACCUGUUGCGGAUAGUUUUACUCUAACCCUGGGUAGUUGGUUGGGUAUUCCUGGCCUGCCAAUAGUUACACUCUACAGAUUGUGGGAUUCUUCGGUGAAUCCAAAUCGAAGCAAACAAGUCGGCGCUACCAGAGAAAGUACUCUUCCCCUACUUGCCGGAUUAAACACAGACCAUCAGGGAAGGAGAAUUCUAGCUUUGCCUCUGUGGGCAGCUUUGCAGAAUUUGGGAAAAGAGGGAGUUCACAUCAGGAUCAGGGAAGAUUUCUUGGCCAGCGAGAAGUUGUGGGCAGCUUUGGAUGUUUUUAGACACGUUAGAGUACUGAGUCCUAAACCAGGUGGAGAAAGCGGCACUUACACAGUGUCCGAGUUAAUAUCAAAACCAGCAAACAUACCUUUACUAUUCGAGUCGACGGCGUGCUGCGUGGUGUUCCAGUUCACCCCGGAAGUAAACGAAGGCGAAUUUUUAUCCAAAGUUCCCCCUUACUACGACAAAUUGAAUUCCUGGUUGGGCCAGAUCCUCCAGUUAGACGCACCACAGGUUCCCAUAGAUAUAUGCGAUUUGGAAAAUGUCGGUGUCGUACUGAGGUUCUGUCCUUUCGAAAAUGCCAGUGGACAACAACCUACGAUCGAGGAGAUGCAAGCCUUUGUGCACUGCUUGGAACAGCAGCUUGUUAUUCUACGUGCUACGAUUCACCAUCGAGAGACUUUCGUUAAGUUGGUCGAGGCUUCGCCUGUCUUGAAAAUUGUCGACCUUCCGGACUGGGCAGGCAUGGGUGGUGUUAGGUAUUGCCCGGAAGGUUGGGAGCAGCUAUUAACAGAUCAGGCAAAGGAAGAGUUGAACCAUUUAAAUAUGGCACUCGUGGACACUUUGAGAUCCACAGAUUCGGCAUUCUCGCUGGGCGAAGAUGCUGAUGGUUUGAUGUGCGUUCGUUUUGGAAUGUUGACGCCACAGUCGGACGUCGAGGAACUGCUUAACUUGGUUAUAAGGGUCGGACAAUCUGUGGAGGAGAAUUCGAGGGUUCUGGAUUCUAUGAGUGAAAUCGUGAAAAAAGGAAUUGAAACCGCCACGUUGGAUCUCCAGAAAGAAAACGAGGAGCGUCUUUGGCAGGAGGGCCUCAUCCGACACGUCCCGAUCGUCGGAACUUUCGUCAAUUGGUGGUCCCCCAAAUCAAAAGAGACGGGCAUCCGUGGCCGCAGUCUCAACCUCACCCAAGGCGUCGUCGAAUCCACAGAAAAUAUCUACAAGUACCACAUGCAGAUUCAGACGGGUCAGAUCGCAGCUCCUGGAGCUAAGGGCCCCCCCACUCCCCAGGUGCAGACGCCAAUCAGCGGCAGCCACUCGAGGUCGAGCAGUCACGCUUCUGCUUCUAGUCAGUCGAACGUAAGGGUGGAAAACGAGACGCACAGAGUGCCGAAGGAGAAUAAUGUGGAGAAAGUCAGCUUGCCAGCCAGCGUGAAGGAAAUGCCGCCGACUGAGAAGAAGGUGUUGGAGCCCUAAUUGUUAUCGGUCGCACGGUAACACGUCGAGGCUGUAAUGUAUUUAUAACUAUGACUUACUUGUUUAAUUCUUUUAUUUACAAUUUUUUUUAAUGAACUUGUAUAUAGGCUGGAGAAUCAUUCGCGAGAAUUAUUAAGAGUAAAAAAUCUUUAUUUAUAAUUUUAUUAUGUAGAGAUAUAUAAAGAAGCUUAUUACUUUGUCAGUAUUUUUUAAAUAUUUAAAAUGUAUAUGCAUUUUUUAAUGGUAUGCACAUAUUUUUGUUGAUUUGUUGAUGAUGCAUCAAUCAUUUACCAAAGAAGCUUGUAAGCUUACAUUUGUAAUAUAUUUUACCUUUA